AUGGCUACAUCCACCUACCCCUCCAUGGCGUCCCAAAACCCUCUCACCCAACUCAUCGCCCACUCAGCCCUCAAAGUCGCCCAAGCCGGCGCCACGGUCCUGCCCCCAGCCUACCUCGUCUCGUCUCUUAUUCUCAGACGGGGUACCGGCUUCUCCGUGAGAGGUCUGAUGAGAAGCGCCAAUAUGGCUGUACUGGGAGGCGGGGCGUUAGGGGCCGGCGCGGCGUGGGUGAGGUUGAGAGGGGCGAGUGCGGAGAGUCUGGAAGAUAGGGUGUUUAGGCUGUCACACAGCACGAGCCAGGUCCAUGUGGACGACUACUCGUUUAUCGGCUCGGCACUCUCAGCAGUCGUCAUACCCGCCAUCUUCCUAAAGCGGGCGCCGCUGCCUUCGUUAGUCACUGGGGGAGCGAGCGUGGGGCUGGGCGUAGGGAGCUGGACACAUAUAGCGGGGAUGUUCAGCCAAGGGAAGGAUGUGAGGCCAGAGGGAAUGGUCGGGGAGUUACCUGUUGUAGGCGGUAAUAACAAGCCAUGA